CGCAGCAGUAACAACGCAAGCGGCUCAAGCCCUGCGCUCGGCAGUUUCCCGGGGCAAGCGCGGAAGGGAACCGGUCCGAGGAGAGCGGCUGUUGCCUGGCGGAGGACUCGGGGCAUGGCGAAUGGAACUCCGGACUAGUUUGGCCCCAGGGAGGCCAAGCCAUGCGGCGGCCAGGCGCCCCGACAGCAAGGCCCGGGCAGCGGCUCUCUUGAGCGCUUUUAUGGGGAGCAGCAGCGGGCCCCGCCAGCGCCCAGCCACCUGCGCCGCCGAACCCUGAUGGAGCCCGAGGAAAAGAAGAUCUCGGUGUGGAUCUGCCAGGAGGAGAAACUGAUCUCGGGGCUUUCCAAGCGCACCACUUGCUCGGAUGUGGUGCGGGUGCUCUUGGACGACAGCAGGCGGCGGCGGCAGGAGCCGGAGCAGGAAGAACAGCAGCAGCAGCUGGGCUCGCUGCAGGAGUGCGGCGAGGGGAUGCUGGCGGGCCCCCCGCAAUCUUACUGCAUCGUGGAGAAGUGGCGGGGCUUCGAGAGGAUCCUGCCCAACAAGACCAAGAUCCUGAGGCUCUGGGCGGCGUGGGGCGACGAGCAGGAGAACGUGCGCUUCGUGCUGGUGCGCAGCGAGGCGUCCCUGCCCAACACGGGGCCCAGGAGCGCCGAGGCCCGGGUGGUGCCCAGCAAGGACAGCCCCUGCCACCAUGGCCUGGGGACCGCGGCUAGGGCCAGCCUGGCUCUGAGCCAGGAGCGGCAGCGCCGCGUGGUGCGCAAAGCCUUCCGCAAGCUGGCCAAGAUCAACAAGCGCAGGGGGCCGCCGCCGCACGAGGAGCCGCCGGCCAAGGAGGCGUCCGCGGCGGAGAGGAUGGAGACCCUGGUGCACCUCGUGCUCUCGCAGGACCACACCAUCCGCCAGCAGGUCAAGCGCAUCCGCGAGUUGGACCGGGAGAUCGACCGCUACGAGGCCAAGGUCCACUUCGACCGCAUGAAGCGCCACGGGGUCAACUACGUGCAGGACACUUACUUGGUCGGGGGCGAGGCGGAGCUCUCCGAGGGCGCCGAGGAGACGGAGCAGCCCACCGGCGGGGAGGGGGCGGCGGGCGGCGACCGGGACCGGGACCAGGAGGAGUACGCCUGGCAGUGGGAGCAGGUGGCGCGGCUGCAGGAGCAGUGGCGCCGCCAGGAGGAGCUGGUCGAGCAGCUGGCCGGCGAGAUCCAGCAGGAGCUUAACGAGCGCUGGAUGAAGCGGCGGCGGGAGGAGCUGGCGGCCGCCCGGGGCUCCAGCGCCAGCCUCUCCGAGACGGACUGCAACACCACCGAGCUCAUCGGCGGCGACGGCGGCGGGGAGUUGCACGUGGAGCAGGAGCGCGUCAAGACGCAGCUGAGCACCAGCCUCUACAUCGGCCUGCGCCUCAGCACCGACCUGGAGGCCGUCAAGACUGACCUGGAGUCCGCGCAGCGCUCCUGGGCCGACAAGGAGCGGGAGCUGCAGCGCCUGCUCGACACCCUCCGGGCCCUCGAAGUGGAGCAGGAGGAGGCGCCCCCGGGCCCUUCCGCCUCCCCUCAGCGGCCCGAGGACUGCGGGCGCACGGACGCGGCGCCCAUCCCCUCGGAGGUCUGGGGGGAACAGGCGGCCCGGGGCUUGGGCAAGGACUGCGAGGAAAACGACGAGGAUUCCGACACGGGCUUGAGUUCCAUGCACAGCCAAGACUCAGACUCGGUGCCCGUUUGCGAAUCCCUCGUAUAGCAGCCGGCGCCUCCGGCUUUCCACGCCGCCCUCUCAGGGAGCGGACCGCGGUGCUCCCGCGGCUUUGCCCGUCUGUGCAAUAAGCAAGCCCCUCUGGGAUGAAGAAGUGUUCGGGGUUUCCCUUCUUUUUUAAAGACUCAGUGAGUGACAAAAUAAGAAUUAACGCUGGCACCGUUUUUAGUCAACUUAUGAUCACCAGUUACUGCCUAAAAAGGAUAACAUAAAUUCCUACGAAAAAGUUAGGGUUUUUUUAAAUUAAAAAGAUUGCACACACCCACUUUUUUAACUCUUAAAAGAAAGAAAUCAGCUUCAUUGUGAUGCAUGCUGACUCCAUAAGGUGCUUGUUCCUCUAAAAGAAGAAAUAUUUUGUGGGAAAGAGAUUUUGUUGUAUUAUGGCCAUUGAAAGGAAAUGGGUUGGCUCUUACUUGUAGCAAUAUGUUAGAGCUAGCCACUGACAGAUUUUAGUCUGUCUCCUUACUUGUUUUAUCUUUUAGUUCAAAACAAAAGGAAUUUUGCAUUUUAUUCAUUAUAGAAAUUCCCGGUUCUCUAAAUUCAUGCCUUUUUAUUUCAUAUUUAAAAAUCACUUUGAAUGGAAAUUCUAAUCCUUGAAUUCCCCAUUGUAAAUGUAGGACAGUAUUCAUUUUGUUACAUAAUUUGUUUGAGUCUGUUUUCUAAUGGUAAACUUUUAGCACUGUUUUCCAUAGUGCAAAGCCAGCAAUAACAGUAUAAUAAUGUUCCCUAAAAGAAUUAGUUUGCUUCAUGAAAAGUAAAAUAAAGGAGUGGAAGAUCUAGAAGCAGCGCUCUGGGUGAUUAAUAACUGGCAUGCAUGCCUAAUGUCAGAAUGUUUUGAGCAGAUUCUAACUUGUGUCCUACUGAGAAAUU